AUGAAAACUGAUAGGGCUGUUCUAUGAAAGGGCAAGGAGGGAUUUAAAACUAAUAUAGGGGCUUUAUGAGGUGGUGAAGUGUGUAAGAAAGGAAGGGUAUUAAUAUUUGGAGUCUAAUUGAAUUUUGAGGUGCAUGAAUGGAAUCAUAUUGUAAUUGGGGACAUCCACGGAAAGAUUUGACUAUUUUGGAUUCAUCCAUUUGUAAUGCAUACUUGUCAUUCCUGGUAGGUAACAUGUUGAGUGUUUUUGAGUGUAAUUCAUUCCUUGGUUUUACAUCCAUAUCUUGGUGGGGCAACAUGGAAUUAAACCCACUCGUUGCAGCCAUAGUGAUAUUGAAGUUUGAGAGUGAAAUGAAAUGAACAAAGAGGCUGUGAUGAUAAGUUUCCUAUAUUUUCUCUAAUGAAUUUCUAAACUUGUAAUUAAGUGAUUUCAUCAUAUUUUUGCAGCCAUGGUUUAUUUCAUCUAUGAAGCUGGAAUAGUUUUAAUAAAUAAGAGGCUGUGAUGAAUGGUUUUAUAUAUUUCUCUUAAGUGUUUACCAAAAUUAACGAAAUAAAAUGUAUCUUGGCGUGGCUUGGUAGGUAUCCAGAAGCAGCCAUGGCGUUUUUAUAUCCUUUCCCUUGUGAUGAGUAUAUAAAUAGUGAAAAUUCUGAGCCUCUUUUUAGCCCCAGUUGAAAUGGGCAUUUUCCUGGAAAUACAUGUUGCUCAAAUGAAAUGCAAUGAGAUUAAAGAGGCCGUGACGAUAUCGUUGUGUAUUUUCCAAUGCUGCUACCAAAGAUUUAAUGAAAUGAUUUGUAUCUUGGCGAGGCAACUCGGAAAUUUGAGACUGUCGUUGCAGCCAUGGCAAUCAUAUCUUUUGAGCCUCACAAUAAUUUUUAGUUUUUGUUAUAGAAAUUAUAUAGCAAUUUAUAAUUUGUGGUAUUUGUUUAAAUUGAAUGAAAAAUUAUGGUUUUUUUGGUGACCACAUCCGAGACUCAAGAACACUGAAUUUGUGGGGAUGAAGUGGAACCAUUGAAUUUAAUCCGAACUCAAGAACACCUUGAUGCCAUUCUGUGGAAGAGGAAAACUGGACCUUCAUGCAAUUCUGUGGAAGAGAAAAACUUUAUCAGCAUUUUGUACAGCUAUAUUACUAAAGUUGAUGGGCCUUGACCCCAUUCUGUUCGGCCUCUUGUGAUUGUAUUAAAGUGUAGGGCCAUAUUUUAUGGAUUUGUGCCAUGUUUACCAAAACUGUUUCUGCCAUUGGAUUGAAAAAAAUGGAGGGAAAAUUGGAAUGAAAUUGUUGCAUUGAUUUCUCAUGGGCUUUUAUAUAUAUAGUAGAUUUUGAAAAUGUUACACUUGGCUUUAAUAUGCCGAGAGUGGUAGUUUGGUAGGUUACCAACUCCAUCUUUUUGUAUCCGGAGCAAUUGAAGUUCUCACUUUGUAAUUCCAAAUUCAUUUCAAUCUUUCUCCUUCAGAGGCCUCCCUGUUCGGUUGAAAUAUGUUCGUGGCUCACCUCUGACAUCCAACAGCGAACCUUUCAAGGCCUCAUCCUAGAAACUGAGAACCAAUCUGGCUUUUAUUGUUCAGUUUUUUGUGUUGUUGGCAUUGUUUGCUUUGCAAGGUCUGUCGGGGCUAAGGUUGCAGGGCACAUGAUUAUGGCGAAGAACACAGCAAGGUGCAUCUGCAAUCUCGAUUGGGAAGAAUUCAAGGACAUUACCCUAAGUCGAAAGAGGAUAAUCCAAUUCACAUCGUGGGACAUUCGGCUGGAGCACAAGUUGCUUGUGUUCUGCAGAAAAUGCUUGCCUGCAAGGCAUUCGAGGGACGUGGGAGUACUUUACGGUAUUGGGUCUUAAGCAUGGCAUCAUUAUAUAGAGAUCUCAAUGGGACAACAAGAACAUACCAAGAUGCAGUGCAGCGUGACGAUGGGAGAUCUUUGAAACACAUCUUGGAUGACAAACUCAGGCCAAAAGUCUACUGUAAUUAUGGGUGUCAUCAUUUCAACAUCUUCUGGAAGGAAAGUGGCAUUCGCGGCUUCCUGACCUUACUAUCAAGAGUGCUGUCAGACUAAACAGCCACUUACAUACAUUUCCCUCAGCUAUUGCCACAGUGCACAAUAAAAUUAUGGGUCUUAAAGUGCCUUCCGGCUUACUUGGAAGUGGGAAUACAUCAUCUACCGUUUAUCAGAGUACUGCAGAUGAGGAGUACAUGACGACAUCUAUCUCCCUUACCUUACUGAGGUUAGAGUUGCCUGACAUCCUGAGACCAGAAGAGGAUGACUGGGACUCUUUCUUCACAAACAUAUUCUCUGAGUCAUGUGGGAGAUCAGCUGCUCUUUGAUCCUGCUUUCCUCCGAUGCAUUUCUUGUUCACUUCACUUCCUUCUGUUACUCCUUGUUUUUAGCAUUUGGGUGUUCAAGAAAUUCAUAAACACAAACAGUUACAGAAAAGAGCAUGAUCACAUGAAAGCAAGAUUGCAUUGCUACAUGCCAACCAUUUUCUCAUGUAUGAGUAUCUCACUGUUUAAUCUUGUUCUCUGCCUGCUGACUGAAUUUUACUGGUAUGCAAAUGGUUGGUCGGAAGAAAAGAUGUUAACUUUUUCAGAUUUUUUAGUAAGGGCCGUCUCUUGGUCAGUAAUCUCAGCUGUUUUGCACACCCAGUUCUUGAAUUCAGCUGGAAAUAAGUAUCAUCUGAUUUUGAGAGUGUCAACUGUCCUGGGGGUAUUCUUCUGUUGUGUGGGAUUUUGGGGCAAGAAAGAGGGCGUAGGCGACCUUAGUGAUCCGCUAUUGAAUGCCAAUUCUUGUAUUAAUGGUGGAAAAGAGAAAUCACCUUCUGGGUAUGAAACUGUCACUCCUUACAUCAAUGCUACCAUUCUCAGUACAUUUACUUACUCAUGGUUGAACCCACUAAUUUCUCUUGUCAAGAAGAGAUCAUUAAACCUUGCAGACAUUCCUCAACUUUCCGGUUUCGAUACUAUCAGAAGCAUUUUUCCAGUUUUUAGAAAACAGCUGAUGAAAUUUUGCGGUGAAGUUGGUAGUAAAUUGACUACAUGUAUGCUGGUCAAGGCUUUGAUUUUCACGGUCUGGAAGGAUAUUGUGUUAUCUGCUGUUUAUUUACUCUUCGGAAAAUUGCCCUCUUAUGCCGGAGCCUAUCUCAUUGAUGACCUGGUUCAAUUCCUUAGUGGAAAGCGGGAUCACAAAAACGAAGGUUACCUGUUGGUCACGGUAUUCUUCAUUGCAAAGGUUGUUGAGGCCUUGGCAGAAACACAGUAUUAUUUCAAAGUGAGGCAGGCAGGGUUGAGGCUACGGGCUGCCCUGGUGGCCAAAGUCUAUAACAAAGGCUUGAGGCUCUCAUGCCAAUCUAAGCAGAACCACACAAGUGGAGAGAUCAUUAAUGUCAUGAGUGUAGAUGCUGAGAGGAUUGCUGAAUCUUGUCGGUAUAUCCAUGACCCUUGGAUCAUACUUGUACAAGUUGGUCUUGCAAUGUUUAUUCUCCACAGAAAUCUAGGGGUUGUUGCUUCGGUUGUAGCACUCAUUUCUACCAUUGCAGUGAUGCUAACUAACAUCCCUUUUCGGAAAGUUCUAGAAAAAUCCCAAGAAAGACUGAUGAGAUCCAAAGAUCAUCGCAUGAAGGCGACUUCCGAAGUUUUAAGGAACAUGAGGAUCCUUAAACUUCAAGCCUGGGAGAUGAAAUUUCUUUCAAAAAUCUUUGAGCUUAGGAAUACUGAGGUGGGAUGGUUAAGAAAAUAUGAAUACAUCUCAGUUUUGACCACUCUUGUCUUUUGGGUUGCCCCUACAGUCGUGUCAGUAGCUACGUUUGCUGCUGCUGUUCUAAUGGGGAUCCGACUUGAAUCUGGAAAAGUACUAUCUUCGCUCGCUACUUUCACCAUACUAAAAGAACCUAUCUACAGAAUUCCUGAUACAAUUUCAAAGAUUGCUCAGUUCCGAGUCUCCCUUGAUCGAAUUGCAUCGUUCCUUUCGCUUGAUGAAGUCCAGCCUAAUGCCACCGAGAAACUUCCAAGAUGUAGUUCUGAUGCUUCCAUUGACAUUGUCAAAGGAAACUUCAGUUGGAAUGAGCUCGUUUCCACUCCACUUCUGAAAGACAUAGAUUUAAGAGUGAGUCAUGGCAUGAAAGUAGCUAUUUGUGGUGGUGUUGCUUCAGGAAAGUCAAGUUUGUUGUCUUGCAUUUUGGGAGAUAUGCCAAAAGUUUCAGGUAGCGUCAAACUCUGUGGUACUAAGGCCUACGUUUCUCAGUUGCCUUGGAUUCAGAGUGGUACAGUAGAAGAAAAUAUAUUGUUUGGUAUGAAGAUGGAGAGUGAGAGGUAUGACAGAGUUCUUGAAGCAUGUUGCCUAAAGAAAGACUUGGAAGUUCUCCCAUUUGGUGAUCAAACCGUCAUUGGUGAGAGAGGCAUCAAUUUGAGCGGUGGACAGAAGCAAAGAGUGCAAAUUGCUCGUGCUUUAUAUCAAGAUGCUGACAUUUAUCUCUUUGAUGAUCCAUUCAGCGCAGUGGAUGCACAUACUGGAACCCAUCUCUUCAAGGAAUGCCUACUCAGAUUUCUGGAUUCAAAAACAGUUAUUUAUGUUACUCACCAAGUCGAGUUCUUGCCUGCUGCGGAUUUGAUCUUGGUUAUGAAAGAUGGAAGGAUUACACAAUCUGGAAAGUACGACAACAUCCUGAAAUUGGGGAAUGAGUUUAUAGAACUUGUGGGUGCCCACGAGGAAGCAUUAUCAACAAAAGAUUCAUCUGAGGAAAGAGCACUAACAGUGAGAAAUGAGGGGGACAGUGAGUUGAUCCUUGAAGAUACCAUACAGAAUGAAGAAACUGCAGAUGGUCAUGAAGGUAAUAUUGAUAGCACGGCCAGACCGACAGGACAACUUGUUCAAGAGGAAGAAAUCAUGAAAGGUAGUGUUGGGUUCUCAGUUUACUGGACAUACAUUACUAUGGCUUAUGGAGGUUCUCUUGUGCCCUUUAUAUGUAUGGCACACAUACUUUUUCAAGCACUUCAAGUUGGAAGUAAUUACUGGAUGACUUGGGCUACUCCAAUAUCAGAAAGUGAGAAGCCUCCGGUUGGGAGCUCUACUCUCAUUCUUGUGUAUGUUGCUUUUGCAAUUGUAAGUUCAUUCCUCGUCCUUGGCAGAUCCUUGAUGCAAGUGAUUGCAGGGUUAAAAACAGCCACACUUCUUUUUCAGAAGAUGCAUUUGUGCAUUUUCCGUGCUCCAAUGUCUUUCUUUGAUGCCACGCCUAGUGGGCGUAUUCUUAAUAGAGCAUCUACAGAUCAGAGUGCAGUUGAUCUGGACAUACCCUUUCAAAUGGGUUCGAUUCUCAUCUCAAUAACUAAGCUUUUGUGUGUCAUUGCUGUGAUGUCUCUAGUGUCAUGGCAGGUCUUUGCAUUCUUUAUUCCUGUGAUUGGAAUAUGUGUCUACUUUGAGAAAAAUUACUUACCUUUAGCACGAGAAUUGGCACGGUUAGCUGGCGUUUCAAAGGCUCCGGUUAUACAACAUUUUGCUGAAACUCUAUCAGGGUGUGCUACGAUCAGAGGUUUUGACCGGGAGUCAAUGUUUAUUGAUACAAACAUGAAACUGAUAGACGACAAUUCUCGGCCCAAGUUUCAUGGUUUUGCAGCUAUGCAGUGGAUUUCUUUUCGCUUGAAUGUGUUGUCACUCAUAACAUUCACCUUUUCUUUGAUAUUCUUGGUCACAGUUCCAGUGGGAACUAUUGAUGCAAGUUUUGCUGUAUUGGCAGUGACAUAUGGGCUUACUUUGAAUUCACAACUGGUUUGGCUUGCUGGAAAUGCUUUCAUGCUGGAGAAUAAUAUUGUCUCAUUUGAAAGAAUGAUUCAGUACACUUGUAUCUCUAGUGAGCCCCCUCUUGUCAAUGAAUCAAACAGGCUAGGCAUUCAUUGGCCCCCAAAUGGCAAUGUUGAUGUCCGCGAUCUAAAGGUCCGAUACGCUCCGCAAUUGCCCCUUGUGUUACAUGGCAUCACAUGCUCUUUCUUUGGAGGAAAGAAAACUGGAGUUGUUGGGAGGACUGGCAGUGGCAAAUCAACACUCAUACAGACAAUCUUUCGAAUGGUUGAACCAGCCGAGGGUAGGAUUCUCAUAGAUGGUGUUGAUAUAUUGUCGAUUGGAUUGCACGAUUUGAGAGCUAGAUUGAGUAUAAUUCCACAAGACCCAACCAUGUUUGAGGGGACUAUUCGCGGAAAUCUUGACCCGCUUGAAGAAUAUACCGAUGAACAGAUUUGGGAGGCUCUUGGUAAGUGUCAGCUGGGUGAUGAAGUUCGCAAGAAGGAUGCUGGUCUUGACUCCCUAGUAAGCGAGAACGGUGAGAACUGGAGUGUGGGCCAGAGGCAACUAGUCUGUCUUGGACGCGUUCUGCUAAAGAAGAGCAAGAUUCUGGUGCUAGACGAGGCAACGGCGUCAGUUGACACCACAACGGAUAAUCUCAUCCAGCAAACCCUGAGGAAAAGUUCCUCGGGUUCCACCGUGAUAACAAUUGCACACAGGAUAACCUCCGUGCUUGACAGCGACAUGGUUCUGCUCUUAGACAAUGGGCUCAUAGCUGAAAAUGACACCCCGGCGAGUUUGUUAGACAGAAAAUCUUCGCUGUUCGCCAAGCUUGUUGCUGAAUAUACCACAAGAUCCCGUUCUGGUUUUUGAAAAUUUUGCCAUGAUUGACAACAAGAGGGUUGUCCAUUGUGUUUUGAAGAGCAUAUUACUGUUCUCAUCCAUCAUCUGCACUCCGCCGUAAGAACCGCGCACGGAUGGAGUAAUAGAACUCCACAUUGGCUGUUUCUUCUCGUCUAAGGCAUUGUUUGGGAAUAACGUUUUCAAUUUUUGUCUUCUUCUUAGAUUGCCAAACAGUCCCUUAGAUUUCUCCGGUGAAAGUUUUUUCACUUCCCUAUGUGUUCAAAAUAUUCCAGUCUCAGUUUCCUAGUAAUGUUAUUUC